GUGAAGAAGAACUUGGAGCAUUUGAACAAGAAAGUGGAGAAACAGCUGUGUGAGGAAGAGAAUCUAAUACAGGUGGUGUGGCAUGAGAUGCAGGACGUGUUUAUCCAACAGUACAAGUACUACGACGAGCUGAUGCGCCGCUGCUACCCCGACUCCAACAUCACUCUGGAGUUCACCAUGCAGAACGUGCUGCAGUUUUUCUCCGACAUAGCACAGGCGCACUAGCCUCAGCACGAAAUAGUGUUUUGUUUGUUCUGAAAUUCGUUAACUCUUUCAGGCACGUGUGUUGUGACAAACUUUGCCCACUUUCAUUAGCUUUACCGAAAUGUCAGAGGCAUUUUGUCCGUCUUUCAGGCCCGUAUAGUUUGACAGACUUUGCCCAUAUUAAUUUGCCUUUACCAAAAUGGCAGAGUAGUGGGAGUAAGACCUUUCCUAAACAACUGAAGGAAUGACAAACGAGAGAAAAUAUUGUAGUAUCUUACUUUAGUUGUUCUGGAAAUAGUCAGUAGGCUAGUAUUAAAAACUAGUAUUAGAAAGGAAUCAGACCUGCCAACUGUCUGGAAUUUCUCGGAAUCGGCUAUACAGGGAAUUUAAGAGGACAUUGUAGCCUUUUUCGGUUCCGCUUGUUGUAAUUUUGUUCGUUGUUACAUGUCUGCUGUAACAUCAUUGGGCGUCCCUGAUUGGGUUUUGUAAAAGUUCCGCAAGUCUGGGGAAUGUGUGAGCCUGGUAUGCGUGAUCGGCUGAUUGAUGCUCACUUCUCUAUUGGGCAAACAGGAACUGGCGGUGCUAUCAA